CGCGAGCGGGCGCACGCAUUGCUCUCUGGAGUGCAAUGACCGAGUGACGUCCAUCGGACUUGUGGUGUAUAUUGUAUAUGCAGUGAACUGUACCAAGAUGUCGGAGUUGCGUGGUUCGCCGCCCUUGUCCCGUGGGCUCGAGAAUGGUUUCGGGGCUCCGCUAGCGGCGCUGAGCUCGCUGGCCGAGGCGCCUCCUCCGGCGCCGAACCCUCACGGCAUCGACCACAUCUUGUCGCGGCCGACGGUGGGCAGCAACGUGGGCGCCGGGUUGCUGGCGCCGCGGCUGUCGCUGGCGGCGGCGGCGGCCGGCAUGGCGCACUACUUGCAGCACAAGCCGCUGUACUGGCCUGGCUUCCAGGGCCUCGUCUCCAACCCCAUGGCGUGGCGAGAGCGCCUGCAGUCGAGAAAUAUGUCAAUUUGUCACAUAAAUGUGAGUAUAAAAGAGAUCAGUUUGGUGUGGCAGGAGUUUCCCUCUGAAAGUGGUCAUGAAAGUGGCACAACGGGGCACAAUUACACGUCGGACGUAAAGGCACAAUCUCUGCCGAGCUGGGCCCCGCGCCCCGCGACUCGGGCCCCUGGGCCCCUCGCCCGGCCUAAUGAAAUUAAAUUAAGAAAUAACAUAAUUCCGCCCGCCGCCGCCCGCUCACCGCACAUUUUCGCGUACACCCCUAGCGGUAGGGCUGUCGACGGUUUCAUAUUUGGAUGCUGA